AUCGCAGCAGUUGAGAGCAGAGCUGCGUGUUGGGCAGCGAAAAGCUCUCAAGUCCACUCUGCACGCCUAUCCACGCACAAACACCAACACCAGCAGCAAAGGUGGAGGACGGACAGGACAGCCAUUCAACCGGCACUUCUAAAGCAUAUUGAUUAGCUGUAUUUUUUCAGCUGUACACAUGGUGGUGUGACAGUGAGUGUGUCAUUUUGUGUGUUUGGUUUGCCUGUUUUUAGACUCCAGUGACUUUACUGGGAACCAAUUGAAAAAAGAUGAUUGAGCUGGGCCUCGCUGACGGCAGUCUGAUCGACGAGCUGAUGGAGCUGACAGCACAGAGCCUCAGUCAGCUGGAGAUCCAGGAACGUUUCAACAUCAUUAAGGAGAUCGGCAGAGGGAAAUACGGCAAAGUGCUGCUGGUCACUCAUCGCUUCAGGGGGACUCCCAUGGCCUUGAAAGUGAUGCCCAAAGCCUCGACUAAGCUCCAGGGCUUUCUACGAGAGUACUGCAUCUCCUUACACCUGUCCUGCCACCCCUGCAUUGUGGGCCUCUUUGGCAUUGCCUUCCAGUCUAAUGAGCACUACUGCUUUGCCCAGGAGCUUGUCAUUGGGAGGGACCUGUUUGCUGUCAUCCAGCCAAAGGUGGGUAUCCCAGAAUCUUCGGUAAAACGUUGUGUCCUCCAGAUAGCCAGUGCUUUGGAGUUCAUCCACAGCCAUGGUCUGGUUCACCGUGAUGUCAAGCCUGAAAACAUCCUCCUGUUGGACAAUCACUGCUGCCAGGUCAAGCUGGCGGACUUUGGCCUGGCUCAGAAGAGAGGCACUCUGAUACGCUUCAUCACAGGAACCCUUCCCUACAUGGCCCCAGAGCUUUGUACAGUGGCCCUGAUGGAGGGCCAAAAAGAAGUGACAGCUCCUCCGCUUAGUGUGGAGCCAAGUCUGGACACCUGGGCCUUCGGUGUGGUUAUCUUCUGCAUCCUUACGGGGUAUUUCCCCUGGGAGCGCUGCAUGGACUCGGACGACUUCUACCAGGAGUUUGCAGACUGGUGCAGAAUGGAGAGGCCAAACAAUGAGGAGGACAUUCCUCCUUUGUGGAAAAGGUUCACUCCAGAAGCCAUGGAAAUGUUUGGUAAGCUCCUGGCUCUGGAUGUAGGAAAGAGGUGCACAGUGGGGGAAGUGAGCACGUAUGUGGAGAAAGACUGGCUUAAGAAGGUACAUGGGAUUGAGCAGCAGCAGACAGCAGAAAGAAACAGUGCCUCUGGGAAUAAUCCUGGGCAUUGCGAGAUGGAAAUACAGCCUAAUACACAGUCACAGACUGAAUAAAAAAAAUAAAAUGCCUAGAAAGCAUGUUAAAUAUACAAUUAUAGGUGAAAACAGUAGUAUUAUGUAUUGUGUGGCUCUGGAAGCAGCUGUACAUAUUUGAAAAAAUAAAAUAACCUUGAUGAUGUUGGGGUUAUCUUGGAUUGGGCUUUAAACCUAACAUUUUUAACAGAAAGCCUGCAUUACAAACUUGACACAUAGGGUUUGAAAGAAUUGUACACACUUGCAUUGUGGGAGUGUAGGAUCCACUGUGUUUGGAGCUUGACAAGUCAGGACAUCUCAGCCUCUGCUGCACCAUUCUCUUUCAAUCUGUGUCUUGUGAGUCCCCCAACUCUACUGAAAUGCAAUACUAAAAUGCUGGCGUACCCCUUUAAAGGUGCUGUACUCAAAAUACUGAAACAAUUGGUCUGGGAUUGCCUCCACGCGGCUCUCACAGACCGUUCUCCAGCUUGUCAAAUAAUUACCUUUUGUCACUGCCCUCAGCGUCUGAUAGCGACGCACAAGGCAGUCACAUGCACAGCCGAAGAACAAAGAACAGAGAUGCUCAAAAAACAUUACACACAGAGGGAGCAUGACUUCAUUCUCUGCUCAGGACGCCAUUAUUCCACUAUUAUCUUUACAUGGCAAAUAUUUGUUUACUGCUAUAUCAAUGUUCUGAAUGUCAAGUACAGCUCCAGAAUAAUACCAAUACCAGAAUAAAUGUACUUUCUAAUAUACUAAUACAUGUAAUUUCCAAACACUGUUGAAUUAUUAGGUACAACACAUAGACAUGUAUAACAUGACAACAAAUGACCCAUUAAGUGGGACUACAUUUUUAUGAACCAUGUUUUUUCAUGAUUUCGUAAAAUUUGCUUUGUUUUUUAUAGUUGUUCUUCAGUAUAAAGUUCUGCUCAAGUAUGUACAACUGGAUUUCAGUGUCACCUUCUUCUCUGUUCUGAGUACAUGAAUUACAACCUUUUACCAUAGACUAAAGUACAUGGCUGCAAACAAAUCCAUUGUUUCUUGUACUGAAUAGUACAACAGCAUGGGAUUGUAGUGGUGCCUAAGGAGUAAAACGGGCUGUUUGUGGACAGCAAUUACAUA